AUCGUCACGUGACCGUCGUUCAUGACACUCGAAUAAUUUGGAGCUGAAGCAAGGGCAGGUGUUGUCUCGGCGAGAACUAGAUGAACAAUUCAACAAAGUAUUUCAUUCGUUUAGAAGAAGGCAAAGAGUUUGGCGGUUUCGUAUCGAGUCUUCUGAGGACACAAGAAGUCAUCUUUCAGUGAAAUUCCUCGCUUUUAAGCGAGACUUCUUGGUUAAAUUUUUGAAGAUGGACGGCGGAGGAGGAGGUCCCGGUGAUGGCGGCUUUGAUCCUUGUGAAUGUAUCUGUACUUAUGAUGGAGCUAUGCGAAGACUUAUCUCUCUGCUAAGAAGUUCACAGAGCUACUGCACAGAUAAUCAGUGUUUACAAGAGUUACCUGGACCACAGAGCAAUGACACAGGACCAGAGACCAAUACCACACUGUUUAUAGUGAUGAUAUGGAUUGCCAUUGCAUUUAUUCUUUUCUUGUUGAGGCCACAGAGAUUAAGACAAGGAGGAGACAAGCCAUCAAGUCAUGAUGGACAUGGUCAAGAUCCUCCAGCCCCAGGUGUUUUCUAAUUCUAAUUAUUUAUUUAUCAAACACAGUUUAAGUUUAAAAUGUACAUUACCUAGAUAAAUAUUUAGCUUUAAAAGUCUUUCGCAUGGCAUAUAAGGCACACGUUUUAACCCCGCUUGUAAAAAUGGUAAAUUUACGGAUCCGAAAUAGUUCAACCAGCCAAUAGGCCCUUUGCAGCUAAGCAAUCACGUGCUGAUUAAUUCACUGAGUGCAGAUGGAUAAACAUUUUGAUUCCCAUGGGUGAAAUUUACUGGAGAGCAAACAAACUUUCUACAACCUGUUUUGAGA